AUGGUUUGGUUUAACUCCAUUGUUCAGGGCGUAGGCUCUGCUGUGAAUUGGGCAAUGUCAAACGCUGGCAAUAUAGCGGGCCUACUCACUUCUGUAACAAAAGUUUCUACACUAUACAUACCCAAAGAUGCUGCCGAAGAAGCUGAGAUGCCCGAAACCUCCAAGGACUACUUCAAAAUAUUCAAAAGGGCAGAGGCCGUUCUUCAAGAGCAAGCCGAGAAAAAGGUUAAAGCAAAGGAAGUCGAGUACGGGUGGGACGACCCAAGAGAACCUUUCAGUACUAGAAAAGGAAAUUUAUCCGGCAUAUGGAUAAGACCAACUGUCUUCACAAAUACAAGCGAAGAGGUCCCCGAAAUGUACCGAGAUCUUGUAAAACUUUUCGCCGAGCUAAGCAUACCAACAAUUAUGAAACGAAAUGACAAAGACGACGACGUGGCAGAGUUGGUAUCCCAAGCCAUAUUCCCCACCUAUCCCAAACCACCUUCUCAAAUAUCCAGCUUCGAUGCAUAUAAUAACGAUCAUCUUUCCACAUAUGGCAUUGGGCUCCGGAAUGACGAUAAAUCAUGUCAAGUAUUUGUUGGACAUUCCUACUACGCUCUCCCGAUGGGCAGAUCGGGAACUGACAACACUUGGCAUUGCGCAGUCCACGUCAAGAUGAAAUCCACAACUCAUAGCGAAGAGCAGUACGCAAAAGAUAUGGAGGAAUUCAGAUUCAUGGAAAUUAUUGAGCCCUCCGCCGUAGAUGUUUGGCUCGUCACUUUUCAGAUAUCAUGGAAAGCAAUCAAAGUGGCGCGGGGGGGCUAUAAGUUCCUCAAAGAGGUCUUGCAUGAGAAAAGUAAGACAGGAUAUAAGGUGAAACACAAUUUCCUCGAUGGACAAUUGCAGACCGUCAAGAUUAAAGCACCUGCACAAAAAUCCCCGUCCGAGACACUUUUCUAUCUCCAGGAGGCUGUCGCUCAGGCUGUGGAAAAAUUAAACAAAAACUCACCGCAAAUGGACUUUGAAGUUGCGGCUGCUUCAACGCAGUACCAGACACCAUAUGUCGUCCUCAUGGAUUCGACCCUCCUUACUGCCGAUAACGCUGUGGGAGAUGGAAUGGUUGUCGUGUCUCAUUGA